UUCCUUUGGAAUCAAGGCCAAAGCCAGACAAGGGGGUAGCAAGAUGGCUAAGAUGUUCGCCGCUGGCGGAGGAGGCAAGAAGACGACAGCAGCGAACAGGAAAGCUAAACGAGGACCCAAAGCUUAUAUCAAGACGAACCAUCGAGCGAACGGAGAUGAAGACGAGCUCGCAGAGAUGGCCGAAGAGAUGCGCGACGCGGGGGACGACGACGACGAAGAGAACGAAGGAGAGGAGGAAGAACACAAACUGCCCAAGGUCAAUGGAUCUGCCAAGGGCAAGUCCAAGAUGGAAGACGAUUUCCUUCUCCGCCUCAAUGAGAGAGCAAUCAGCAAAACCAUGGCGGAGACGAAACGGCUUCAGAAGGAGGAGAGGCUGAAGCAGCAGGCGGAACAGCCAGGUCCGUCAAGGAAAAAGUACUCGUCAACCAAUGGAAUCGACGUCCCAGAUGUCGAAGACGGAGACAGCGAUGAAGCGAGUACCGACAUGGAAGGAGCGAGCGUUGGCAGCGGUGCAGAUGAUGAUGAAGUCGAUGACGAAGGCGACCUUUCUGAUCCUGAGUGGGAUGAGGCUUCCGACUUUUCCGAAGAAGAGGGCGAAGAGUACGGGAACAAGGAUGAUGCAGAGAGGAGAGGGGAUCGCGAGGAAAGAUAUUCGGCUAAAUUGGCACAGAGAUCGAGGAGAGCAGAGCUUCAGGAGAUGGAAGAGAAAGAGGCGAGGAAGCGCAAACGUCUGCCGAGACGAGGCGAGCAAGGAUGGGAUUCGGGCGAGGAAGAAGGGGUGUCAGGAGACGGAGAAGAGACGGUACCAAAGGAGAAGAAAAGUAGAGUCGUCCACGGCCGACUCCCAUCGCUUUCACCCGAGGUCGACGAAGAAGAGGAAGAAGCAAAGAGAAAGAGGAAGGAACCAAAAUCGACUAUUCUCACAGGAUCACGCUUCGGCCUCAAGUCGCCCUAUGCGAUCAUGUCGCAGCCCAAGCGCUCAAAUAGGAUUGUCGCUGCCCGAGAACAGAUCGCUCGACUUGCAACCGACGUCGUUGGAGAUCCAGAAGUCGGGUUGGGCAUGCUUCGGCGGCUCUUUGUCUUUGCCGGCGAGACUGUAACCUCUCCCGAUGCAGAUGAAGGAGACGAUCCUCCAAGGCAAGUCGACGAUGCCAUUCGAGGCUCUGCAAUUCUCUCUCUCUGCGCCGUCUUUACCGACAUUCUUCCAGGCUAUCGUAUCCGAGCCCUCUCGGAAAAGGAGCAAGAGGAGCGCGUGAAUCAGGAGACGGCUAGGAGGCGCGAAUGGGAGCAGGGGCUUGUUCAGGUGUACAAGGACUAUCUGGAGUCUUGUGAAAGGAUCUUGAGGGCCAAGUCAAGCAUUUCCUCCCUUGCGCUCCGUGCAAUGUGCCAGCUCAUGACGCGGGCCACUCACUUCAACUACCGCACAAACCUCAUCCGUUCUCUUGUCUCGCACAUUUCUCGCAGGUCGUGGGACGAAGGCUCUCAACUUUGUUAUGACGCCCUCGUCGAGGUUGUGCAAAAGGAUGUUCAAGGCGAGGCGAGUCUCGAGGUGGUCCGGCUUCUCAAUCGCAUGAUUCGCGAGAGACGAUACAAAGUCCAUGCGAAGGUCAUCAAUAUCCUCCUUCAUCUUCGACUGCGUGACGAACUGGCGGCAGGCAAGCGAGCCAACACCACAACAGUCACAAGUGUAGACGGAGGGAAGGCCAGCAAGGGAAAGUCGAAGCCGAAAGAAGUCCGCAAGGGUAAAGCGCAGCACCUGAGCAAGAAGCAGGUGAAGAAGAUGAAGGAAAUCAAAGAGAUCGAAGAAGAGAUGAAGGAGGCAGAGGCGGAAGUUGACCACGAAGAACGAGAAAGGCAUCAAACGGAAACGCUCAAGCUUCUCUUUGUCCUCUACUUUUCCAUCCUGAAGGCACCAAAGGUUUCUUCUUCGCUCCUCUCGACUGCCCUCGAAGGUCUCUCACGCUUUGCUCACCGCAUCAACGUCGAUUUCUUCCGAGACUUACUUGCAGUCCUUAGGCUUCAUGUCAAGAAAGCGCUCGGUCGAGAGGAGGGCGAGGAGGAGGAGGAAAAUGCUGGGUCCAGUGACGAGGCGCAAUCAUCGCAGGACGACGAAGAGACACAGGAUGGAAAGGCUUCUUCCAGCGACAUUCGCCUGGCUUUGCUGUGCAUCGUGACGAUUUUCGAGCUUCUCUCAGGUCAAGGCGAGGCCUUGAAUCUGGACAUGAGCGACAUGGUAUCAAAACUCUACACGCUCCUGCUCUCCCUGGCUCUUCGGUCCGACCUUGAAGAGGUUCCCUCCUCAUCCGCUUCCGCGGUUCAACAGCAGGAACCUCGAACAAUGACGGACCUCAUGCUUCGCGGACUGGAUCUCGCCCUCUUGCGUCCUCCUGCCUCUUCGAUUCCAGCCGAGCGGUGUGCGGCCUUUAUCAAGCGCAUUCUGACCUGCUCGCUGCACACUCCGCCCACGACGACGCGUCGCCUGCUCGGCAUGGCGCGUGCCCUCAUUGCAAGGGAUUCUCGACUGGAGGCGCUCCUCGAUACGCAGGAUCGGGCCAGGGACGGUUACUUUGAUCCACUUGCAACGGACGCAGACGUUGACAGUGUUCGACCCCUUGGAGCUGGUGAGGCAGCUUGGGAACUUUUUGGGCUAGCGAGGAGCGUCAAUGAAGAUGUCGCGCAUGACGCACUCAAGCUUCAGGCUUGGAGGCAAUUGUAAAGCUCCUCCAGUGGGACGCCCCCGAUUGAUCCUCUUAUAGAUCCUCUUCGUCCUUCUAAUCCAAUAGCUGAUCGAGAUCAUUGAAUGUCUUCUGAGAUCUUUUUGGAGGUUUAUAUAAAGAGGAGUGGAGAGAUAUUGCUGUCGGAGAUAUAGAGAGAGGCGAGGAGAGCUAUUGCUGUUGUGUC